GGGCGGUUGGGGCUAGACUAGAGCUGCCAGACGUCUGCUAGCAGUUUAGUCGCCGGUCAUACGGCGGACGAAACGGAACUGAGUCUUUUAGAAAUAGUUUAUUGCAACGUCCAAAUUCGUAUAGAUAACUAUAGUUGUAAGGAAGAAAAGGAGGUCGAUGAGUUUAAAUGUUCCUACUUAAUGGGCGUCUUGAACGCAACAGCCGCCAAUGUCUCGUGUGCGUGUGACUGCACGCGCCUCAGCUCCGUGCACGUCAUGGACAUCAUGGGAAUACCAACAUCCUGGAGGAAGACCACUACUAUGCAGCCUUCAUCAGGGACUCACAACCAUGACAACUGUGUGCAGACACAACUGUGUGCCCAGCUGGAGUUCGUCCAGAUCCUGGUGAUCGUGGUGGUCAUGAUGGUGAUGGUGGUGGUCAUCACCUGUCUGCUCAACCACUAUCGCCUGUCGGCGCGCUCGCUGCUUUCCAGAAACACCUCCACGCGCAGGAGACACCUGACGCUGGCCCAUGAGGCGGGCCUUUGGAGCUCGGAGGGGGCGGGGCCAAGUGGCGUUCUGAAUGAGCAGCAGCAGCAGGCGUACAACCCCCGGCCCCUAGAGAGAGGGACCCCUGCGUCUUACCUGCUGCGGGACCCUCAGCAGAGUGUGCCGCAGCGCUUCCAGAACGCGUACAGGGCGGGGCGCUUCCAGCCCACGUACCCCUACCUGCCCCAGGACCUUAUCGACCUCCCACCGACCAUCUCUCUAUCUGACGGGGAGGAGCCGCCGCCCUACCAGGGCCCCUGCACCCUGCAGCUCCGAGAUCCAGAGCAGCAGAUGGAACUGAACCGCGAGUCAGUGCGAGCACCGCCCAACCGAACAGUGUUUGACUCACACCCCCUGGACACCCCUACUUCCUGCAUGCACGCCAGCAUACAGGCCCCUCCCCCGAGCGUGCGCGCCGGCAUCAGCGCAUUGGAGGCACUGGAGGCGGUCCGGCAGCACAAGCAGGAAGGAGCUCCCCCUACCUACAGCGAGGUGAUUGGACACUACUACCACCCCAGGGCCACACCCACCGGCCCCGCCCAUCAGGCGCCUCCGUCCUCGCUCAUACAAGGCGUCCCCCGACUCCCGCCGCCAACCAGCCUGGACAGGCAGAAUGCCAGGAACACCGAAGAGAAAUCGUAGAAUCCUCGGCGAGUGCGAGAGCGCUUCUGGGGUCAUGCUCGCACCACUGGGUCAGUAACCGUGACGACCAACUUGUACUCUGAUUGGUUGGAAUAUGAGGUGAGAUGAUAAGAGGAGGACCUUUAGUACUUCACGAUGACUAAAGUGGAUCUAGAAGCUUCCUCCCUCCGACCCAUCUCAUCUUUAAGAUAUACACUUCUUUCGUUGCAACUUUUUUUUUUUUUUUGCUUUAACCCACAGUAGCCGCGAGCACCCAGACAUGCUAGUAUCAGGCGGUGCUAGCACACAAAAUCCUUUCUCGAAAAAGUCUUGGGCUGUGUCUCAAAUCGAAUACUUUCGUCAGUGUUGAGCAUGUAGUGCAUUAUUAUUGUUGCGCACUUAACGGAAAUGGCGAGCGCAAUUUAUACCUUCUUCGUAUUCCUCCUCCUAUCCGUUGCAACCACUCAAGUUAGCCAAAAUGGCGACCAUCGGUGGCGGUAACUCACCACCACCACAGUUUCUGGGUACUGAAAGUCUUAGUAUGAGCGCACUCAUGCACUCGGAAGUGUAAGUACUUACAGUAAGUGCGCGACUUGAGACGCAGCCCUGGCUCUUGUUUACUAGCUUAGCGGCGUCAGCACGUGCUAAGCGCCCUGCCUUAAUGUUCGCCAACAGACGCUCACGAGCGAGCGAAUGAGACGUCUGGUCGAGAUGUUUCCCUAGAGAAGGUUUGCACAAAGUUCACCGCGCACAAGGAAAACUCCUCCACGUCGUUUUUCUAAUCACAGACGCUUUUUGUGUUUGCCUUUUUACGUGUUGUUAGUCGUAGACGAGAGACUGUUCACAUCCCAUCCGUCACGGACGUGGCGGACCACUUAAAAGCACCAGUUUAGACUUAUUUAUAUGAUUGCCGAAAAGAAUUGCACUAUGUGUUUUUUUUUGUUUGAGUAUGCGCAGAUAGAAGGGGUGAGAGAGACUUUUAUUGUGAAGGAGCUCUGUCUAUUGGGGACGGAACACGAGAGAGACCUGAACCCAUCACAGGGUCACACGCUUCUUGGCGUUUUGGCAGCAGAUGCUUUUUAUUUAUGCAAAAGUACGUACGUACACACACACACACACACACACUUGUUUUGGGUCUGACAAACACCAGGGUUGUCUAAAGGGCGUCCUCGAGUGUAGUUUCUGCAGUUGGUUUUUCUCACAUUUAAAAAAUUCAAUUAGAUUUGGAACAAUAGGGACGCAACACACACACACACACACACACACACACACAAACUUACAGUCGACAUUGACGGAUUGCUGAGUUAUUCUAGACCAGGGGUGCCUAAAAUAGGGCCAAGGGGCCAAAUUUGGCCUGGCAAAAUGGUGAUUUCCGAAAUUCACGAUAUAUUGAUACAAACUCACAAAAUGCAGGGCUGAAUAAUUGCCAUCUAUGGAAUGUGUGCAUGUUGGUGUGGGUCUAAAUUAGGGGUGUCAAACAUAAGGCCCGCAGGCAUGAUCUGGCUCGCGAACAGGUUUUAUUUGGCCAGCGGGAUGAGUUUGCGGAGUAUAAAAAUGAGCCGAAAUGUUUCAAUGAAAGAAACUGCUGUUCUAAAUGUGUCCACUGGAUGUCGCAAUAGCAAUUCUUUGUAUCCUUUUAGAUGAUACUACAUAUAAAAAAUAAAAAAUAAUACACCUAAUGUUAUCACAUCAGUCGAGGAAAAUGAGCAAACUACAUAAAUAGAUUGAAAAUUAACACCAAUGAGUUGACUGAUGAACAUUAUCACAUAAUUGAUUCAAAAAGUUUAAAUAACAACAAAUAAAGAUAGAAUAUUGUUAACCGCAACAUGUAAGUGUAAAAACAACAACAACGUAAUGAUUUGUACAAUUUCAGAAUGUGCUUGUUCUAUUUUUAAACAAAGAAAACAAUCUGAAGUUGUCUUUGUUUUUAAGUUACCCUGCCGUGAUGUAUGGGUCCGGCCCACUUGGGAGUAGAUUUUUCUUCAUGUGGCCCCCGAUCUAAAAAUUAGUUUGACACCCCUGCUUUAAAUGCUUCGCUCAUGGUUCUGCUGUACGUUUAAAACUCUGUUUGGUCUUCGCCCAUUGGCACAGUUUCCCUUUGUCUCCUAGAGGCAAAAAGUUUGGCCACUCCUGGUGUGUUGACUACUCUAUGUGGAAAUUAAUCAAACCCACACACACACAUUUUCCAAACACACUUAUGCUUGUAUUUCACACAAGGUGGGAACCACACGCGCACACAAACGUACUCGUUUUUGCAUUGUGGUGACACACAAUCAGGGUUACACACUCGCACACACACACACUUGUUUUGGGUCUGACAAACACCAGGGUUGUCUAAAGUGCGUCCUCGGGUGUAUUUUCUGCAGUUUGUUUUUCUUUUUCUAUUGGCACGUGACACAUUUAAAAAAUUCAAUUAGAUUUGGAACAAUAGGGAUGCAACACACACACGCACACACACACACACACACACACACACCUAAAGUCGACUUUGACGGAUUGCUGGGUUAUUCUAGACCAGGGGUGCCUAAAAUAAGGCCAAGGGGCCAAAUUUGGCCCGCCAAAAUGAUUUCCUAAAUUCACGAUAUAUUGAUACAAACUCACAAAUAGCAGGGCUGAAUAAUUGCCAUCAAUGGAAUGUGUGCAUGGUGUGGGUCUAAAUUAGGGGUGUCAAACAUAAGGCCCGCAGGCAUGAUCUGGCCCGCGAACAAGUUUUAUUUGGCCCGCGGAUUGAGUUUGCUGAGUAUAAAAACGAGCCGAAAUUUUUCAAUGAAAGAAACUGCUGUUCUAAAUGUGUCCACUGGAUGUCGCAAUAGCAAUUCUUUGUAUAUUUUUAAAUACUACAUCUAAUGUUAUCACAUCAAUCGAGGAAAAUGAGCAAACUACAUAAAUAACAUCCUGUAAUUUUAUUUAGAUAUAUUUUUUUUAUCUUGAUGGAUUGAAAAUUAACACCAAUUAGUUGACUGAUGAACAUUAUCACAUAAUUGAUUCAAAAAGUAUAAAUAACAACAAAUAAAGAUAGAAUACUAUUAACCGCAACAUGUAAGUGUAAAAAAAAAAAACACAUAAUGAUUUGUACAUUUUCAGAAUGUGCUUGUUCUCUUUUUAAACAAAGAAAAAAAUCUGAAGUUGUCUUUAUUUUUAAGUUAUCCCACCGUGAUUUAUGGGUCCGGCCCACUUGGGAGCAGAUUCUUCUUCAUGUGGCCCCCGAUGUAAACAUUAGUUUGACACCCCUGCUUUAAAUGCUUCGCUCAUGGUUCUGCUGUACGUUUAAAACGCUGUUUGGUCUUCGCCCAUUGGCACAGUUUCCCUUUGUCUCCUAGAGGCAAAACGUUUGGGCACUCCUGGUGUGUUGACUACUCUAUGUGGAAAUUAAUCAAACCCACACACACAUUUUCCAAACACACUUAUGCACCUGGGGAUAAGUUGAUUGGCAACACUAAAAAUUGGCCCUUGUGUGUGAAUGUGAGUGUGAAUGUUGUCUGUCUAUCUGUGUUGGCCCUGCGAUGAGGUGGCGGCUUGUCCAGGAUGUACAUCGCCUUCCGCCCGAUUGUAGCUGAAAUAGGCACCAGCGACCCCAAAGGGAAUAAGCGGUAGAAAAUGGAUGGAUGGACUUAUGCUUGUAUUUCACACAAGGUGGGAACCACACGCGCACACAAACGUACUCGUUUUAGCAUUGUGGUAACACACUCCGGGUUACACACACACACAUAGCGUUAACUGUGUCAGGUCAGGUUUCUCUCUGGCGGGUGCCCUCUGAGCACUUUACUGCAUCAGGACAGAAAAGAAAACAAUCUAAAGUCAGCCAGCGGAUUUCCGACUUUGAAUGCACACGCGCAUAAUGGACGGCAAGAGAAUCGCCGACCGGAUCCGUGCGUGUCCGCGGCAGCGCCGGGUGACUCAGUCGCACAGAGGACACAUAGAAGUGUUGACAAGUGACACGAGUGUCAGCGGCUGCUCACCCGCCUGCGCCGCCGCUUGAAGGCGGCGCCACAACAGGCCCUGACAAAUCCAGCGCCCUCUAGUGUCCAGUCUUUAUGCAACAGCACCCUCCACUCGGCCCUGUGUGGCUAAGCAGCAGCAUCCUAACCAGGAUACGUGUUGUUGUUUGGAAUGUUGGCAACCACGAGCCGGUUUUCCUCCCGUGUGUGUCCGUUUGAGUUUACGGGCGCCGGGUGGGAGGGUUUGCAGCGGGUAUGACAAGACUGGACGGGUUCUGAUCAGGGUCCAGGUGGUGCUGACUGGAUGUCAAUAAUAGACGGGGGUGGCCUGCGCUGGCUGAUGCUUGGAAUACAAACGGGGGGUGCGGAGGAGGGGGCUCUUGAAGAAGAUCUAUGAGGCGUGUGUGUCGUGAGAAAGUGCGGCUGCUGUCUAGACUAAAACUAAACACACUCUGAGCAGACUAAACACACACACACACACCUGGUCGGCCUCCAGAGUCGCCGUCCCCCACCCUUGCACUUCCUGUCUGACACAGCACUUCCUGUUUCCUGGAGAUGCCCGCUGUCCAAUCACAGCGCUCCUGUUUUUGUUUUUUUCACGUCUCCAUGGCAACGUGGCGCUGAUGUUUGUCAUUUUUGCGUUCUUUUUUUUGUGUGUGUGUGUCUGCGGUUGCAUGGCCAUGAGACAGCGAGCGGCAAUUUGGGGGCUGUCAAUCAACUUAGGACGCUCCACCCUCGCCGUCUCAGAGAUGAUUGGAUGAUGAGGAAGAUUGACAGAUGUUUGAUUCUGUAGAGCGUUGCAAUACAUCCACUGUUUGCCUUGUUGAUGAUAGUCGUGACAUUUUAGCCUAGUUUUAAAUGUUGUUUUUUUGAAAUUGUUAUUCCAUCCAUGGUUCCAACGCCAUCGUCCUGAGUGCGACCACAUGCUAACAAGUGUCCUUGCUAGAGCGCCGCGAGCACACGUCACUUCCUGUCAGGUGCGGUGUACCCCCCCCCCCCCCCCCUCCACCUCCUCACGGCACGGAACACACAAGUCCAGUUUGCACGCUAAUCAUGGCGUAUAUACACGCGUGUGCCUUCUGUGGACACUUUGACAUGUUGUGUAUGGUCCAUAAUCAUCAUUUUGUCAUUUGUGUCGUCAAUAUUGCGAGUAAACAUUCAUGCUGCGUUCAAUAAUGCUGGGAGGGUGGACUUAUCGCAUAUGAAAUUUACGAGGUUGGAGAAGGGUUUCAACGUAAGCAAAAUAAUAAUAAUAAUAACGUGUCUAAUGACAAUUUAAUUUAGUAUUUAGUCUCCUGUAUUUUUCGGAGUAUAAGUCGCCCCGGAGUAGAAGGCGCACCUGCCGAAAAUGCAUAAUAAAGAAGGAAAAAACAUACAUAAGUCGCACUGGAGUAUAAGUCGCAUUUUUGGGGGAAAUGUAUUUGAUAAAACCCAACAUCAAGAAUCCACAUUUGGAAGGCAUUUUAAAAUAAAUAAAGAAUAGUGAACAACAGGCUGAAUAAGUGUACGUUAUAUGACGCAUAAAUAACCAACUGAGAAGGUGCCUGGUAUGUUAACGUAACAUUAUGUUAAGAGUCAUUCAAAUAACUACAACAUAUACAGUAGAACAUGCUAUACGUUUACCAAACAAUCUGUCACUCCUAAUUGCUAAAUCCGAUGAAAUGUUAUACCUCUAGUCUCUUACGUGAAUUAGCUAAAUAAUAUUAUUUGAUAUUUUACGGUAAUGUGCUAAUAAUUUCACACAUAAGUCGCUCCUGAGUAUAAGUCGCACCCCCGGCCAAACUGUGAAAAAAACUGCGACUUAUAUUCCGAAAAAUACGGUAAUCAACUUUUUUGGAAUUCUGUAGUUUCCCAGUGUUAUGAAACGCAGCAUAACAAAGUGUACGUGGUACAAGUGUCUGUAAUUUCCGCCUCUAGUUUUGUCACCUUUCAUGCUGCUUUCAAGACUGGUAGGGAAGUCGGAAAAAUGCAAGUCUCAUUUUACGAGGUGGAUUUCAAAGUGUUUCCACGUAAACAAAAACAUGUUUAAUAACUAUUAGUAACAUUUAAUAUGAAGUGUAAUCAUCCCAUUAGUUUUUAACAAUGAUUUUAAAGGCCUACUGAAAUGUGAUUUUCUUAUUUAAACGGGGAUAGCAGGUCCAUUCUAUGUGUCAUACUUGAACAUUUCGCGAUAUUGCCAUAUUUUUGCUAAAAGGAUUUAGUAGAGAACAUCCACGAUAAAGUUCACAACUUUUGGUCGCUAAUAAAAAAGCCUUGCCUUUACCGGAAGUAGCAGACGCUGCGCGCGUGACGUCACGGGUUGUAGGGCUCCUCACAUCCUCACAUUGUUUAUAAUCAUAGCCUCCAGCAGCAAGAGCUAUUCGGACCGAGAAAGCAACAAUUUCCCCUUUAAUUUGAGCGAGGAUGAAAGAUUUGUGGAUGAGGAAAGUUAGAGUGAGGCACUAAAAAAAAAAAAAGAAGAAAGAAAAAGUGACGACUCCGGGCGGGGGCAGUGGGUGUGUUUCAGAUGUAAUUAGACACAUUUACUAGGAUAAUUCUGGAAAAUCCCUUAUCUGCUUAUUUUGUUAAUAGUAUUUUAGUGAGAUUAUACUGUCAUACCUGAAAGUCGGAUGGCUGUAAUGAAGUCCAGUGUCUCUGAGAGAAGCAGAGGAGCCAAGAUCACAGCUGCCUCUUUGACAGCUACAGGAGGAGGUCCCACAAUCCACUGAUGUCUCCGGUAAAGCCUCCAAAAACUUGCUGGUUGACGUAGAGAAACAUGUUCGCUUCACCGCUCGGUGUUAAAGCUUCGCAACAAACAAAGAAACACCGGCUGUGUUUCGGUGCUAAAGGGAGCUGCAAUCCACCGCUUUCCACCAACAGCAUUAUUCUUUAUAGUCUCCAUUAUUAAUUGAACAAAUUGCAAAAAGAUUCACUAACACGGAUGUCCAAAUUACUGUGUAAUUAUGCGAUGAAAAGAGACGACAUUUAGCCGUAAGUGGUGCUGGGCUAAAAUGUCUUCUCCAACCCGAGACAUCACAAACACGCGUCUUCAUUCCGCGAUGUUUUCAACAAGAAACUCCGCGGGAAUUUAAAAUUGUAAUUUAGUAAACUAAAAAGGCCGCAUUGGCAUGUGUUGCAAUGUUAAUAUUUCAUCAUUGAUGUAUAAACUAUCAGACUGCGUGGUCGGUAGUAGUGGGUUUCAGUAGGCCUUUAAGUUAAUACGUCUGAAAGCUUCUCUUUCCCAGUAAAAUUGAAUGCAGCAUAAAAGUGGUUUAAUGGCAGUAACACAUGGACUGAAUUAUCAUGCAGACGUGCUAUUGAUUGAGCUUCCAGAAAGAUGACUUCAGACUUUAUUCCAGCCUGUUAUUUUCCGGUAUUGAAUUUGAAGUUGAGCACAAUCUCGUCUCUUUUACGACACUUGCUGACUCGAAACAUUCCCAAAGACACAAUCGUGGAUCCCCGCAGAAAGAAGGUCCUCACACCCAUGGAAGAACUUCCAUCUCACGCUGCAGUGAAAUCGUGCAUUGAUGAGUUCAUGUGUACAUUUAUAUUGUCUGCUCUGCAUGUUGUUUGCUAUCAUCUCGUCUAAAAAUGUUGUUUCAUAAGAUGGUAUGAAUCAUUUCAAUUAGCCUUUGGAAUAAUGAAAAUAAAGACAUUUUUAUACAAAA